CGUGAGCAGAGUAGAGUAGACAGACGGCUGCAGAAGACUACGGAGGUGUAGACAAAACUAAUCAACCUUCGCCAACGAGAGUGUUUGUACGCGUGAAGGUGAAAAACGCAGCGGAACCUUUUCUGGCUGCUGUGCAAUAUGUUGCUUUCAUCGGAAAAUGUGUGCCCUUCAAAACGGAAGUGAAUUUUCCGCCGCAAUACGGACAGUUGCGUGCCAGCAGUGGUGCCCCAGACGGAAUCUGACAGUGUAAGAGUCGCGGUUCCCGUUAAUUCCCGAUGCGUAGGGAGUGUACGUGUUCCCCCGAGUGAAGAAGCGAAGAAAAAAGUGUUCUAGGUGAAGGCGAUCCAUCCCGAGGCGUGGACCAACCAUAAUGGCAGGAGAUUUCUCGGGCUGUACGGCUCGCAAAAAGAACCGUGCCCAAUCGAUUGAGUACAAUCCGGCCAAGCUGGACAAUGGCGAAACGUCGAAGCAACAGACGAAUCCGCUGACCACCCGGAGCGGGCUGCGGGUCUACAAGAUCGUCAUACUGGGCGAUGGGGGCGUAGGAAAGUCAGCCGUCACGCUCCAGUUUGUGAGUCACAGUUUUUUGGACUACCACGACCCGACCAUCGAGGACUCGUACCAGCAGCAGGCCGUCAUCGACGGCGAGGCAGCCCUGCUGGACAUACUGGACACCGCCGGCCAGGUGGAGUUCACCGCCAUGCGGGACCAGUAUAUGCGAUGCGGCGAGGGUUUUAUCAUCUGCUACUCGGUGACGGAUCGGCACAGCUUCCAGGAGGCGUCCGAGUAUAGGAAGCUGAUUGCGCGAGUGCGGCUCACCGAGGACAUUCCGUUGGUGCUGGUGGCCAACAAGCUGGAUUUGCAGUCGCAACGGAAGGUUUCAACUGAGGAAGGCAAAACAUUGGCUAAACAGUUUGGAUGUCCUUUCUAUGAAACAUCAGCUGCCCUGCGACACUAUAUCGAUGAGGCGUUCUUCUCACUGGUUCGUGAGAUACGCCGAAAGGAAGAACAAAGGGAUCUCAACGGCGGUUCCAGUUCCGAGAAGCUGCACUCCCGACGACGCAGCCGCUGGUGGCGAUUGCGAUCCAUCUUUGCGUUGGUUUUCCGACGCCGCCGAAACCACAUCGGGAACUAAGAAACGAAACCAAAAUCCGAAUCUAAGUUAAUCUCGGCGGAGCUAACCAAAGUAACAGACAAAAAGCUGAGACCGCGUGCAACGUUCGAAUAGAUUUCAAUCUACAUUCACAUUAGUGGACGCUUCUGCUUCCGGGAAGGAAUUGAAAAUUGACACCUUAUCAAACAUAAUAUAUAUUAUAUACAAUUAGGUUAUCACUGGAGAAAAUAUGGAAAAGAGCACGCACAUAUGCAAAGCGGAACGAAAAUGCGACCAAAAAUUAAAUUUAUAUUGAGGUAAACGACUCACAUGAUCGUAGUUGUUGAGUAUUUUGGCUAAGCUAUUUAGUGAAAAAAAAUCAAGCAUCGAGUAUGUUCAAUGGCUGUAUGUGUAUAUAAAAGGAGAACUAUCAAACACACCUGUUUAUUAAGUGGGGUUCUCUUCUUUGAGUGGCUAGUUUCCUCUCGGUUUUCGUUAUAGACUAUCAUCCGUAACAUUAUUUGUUGAGUUUAUUUCAGCACAAGUUAUGGCCUCACAAUGUUCCAUUGCAUAAAUACAGCCGAAAUUUCGAAUGUCCAAACCACAUGAAAAAUUGGUUUGUGCUUAAUUUUUAAGCAUUUAUGUUGUGUUUUUGCUGACUCAAGACUUUGUAAAGUUCCGUUCCUCAAAUAUCUUUUUUUUGUGAGUGAUUCACUUACAGAAGGAGGAAUCUAGCCAGUUUGUAGCGUUUUUCAUUGAUGUAGUUCCCAUAUUGUUAAGAGUUGAGAUUUGCAGCAGCAUUUACUGCCCGGAAGAAACUUCCUUUUAAUGUUUAUUUCGUUGGAUUAUAAGAUGAAAAGAUCGCAUGUAUUAACGUAGGCUAACACCAGAGUAGGAGAAAAAGUUUAAUAAGUAUAUAGUUAAUAAGUUCUAAGUCUUCUGAUUUUGAAACAGUAUUUAUAUGCAUUUAUAAAUUAUUUAUUUAUAUCCUCAUCGAAGUUUUACAACUAACUAAUCUGUGAUUUCCAACGAUUUUAUUAUUAUUUCAUUAGAAAUAUACUACUGAGUAGAUCUAGAUUUCGUCCCUUCCGCAUCUAUGUUCUAAUUUAUUUCCAGUUGCGUAACGGGUAUUCAAAAAGUAACAACCAUACCAAUGCAUUUUGCAGUGUACAUUAAUUAUAGAAACACAGUAAAAUAAUCAAACAGGGUUCCAAAAUAGAAACGUAAAUAAACUACCAAAUACAGAAACCAAACAGAUACCAAAUUCAUAAGCUAGGUCAUCGCUGCCAUGUGAUAACACUGAUGAACAGGAAGCGUAUGAUAUCUACAUCUUAUAGAAACACUGGAUCCAAUAUCCAAAAUCAAUGAAGUAUUACGAACCGGAAUCGUCUUUAAGUACUCCGAAGAUUAGUAAAAAUGAUCGACUCUCAAUGGAAAAAACAGUCCUACUAUGUAGUGUUUGCUAAAAUAUGUCAAUGCUAGAAGCUGUCGUAUCUUCAAUGUCAUCGUAGAGGACCAUCCAGAUCUGCCAGAUUUUAGCCUUUUCCGUUGUAAUGCGCUCGAUCUAUAACUUGGCAGAGAUUAAGAUAUUGCAUCUAUCUAUGAUUUCGAUUUCGGUAACAAUUUGAUUCUAUCUGACACUAAAUUGGCAUUUUUCUCAAGUAGAUAGUUCGUGAUGGAUCAUCAGCAUUUUGAUAUUUUACGAAACUGUCAACUGAUAUGCUUCGGUCCCUUUGAUGAUUUCCGUUAAGAAUAAGCCUCUCGGAAUCCAAAACUAAUUGCACUCGCGUUGUUAAGAGCACCGCAUUCAAAACGGAAGCUACGCAUAACUGUCAUUUUCAUUAUUCCACGCAUGCUGUGGCGCAGGAAAUGACAGUUGUGCGUGGCUCCCGUUUUGAAUUGGGUGCCCUUGAAAACGCGAGUGUUUUUAGUUUUGGAUUCCAGGUGGCUUGUUCUUAAAUAAACGAUAUAAGGAUAAAAUAUUUAAUAUCCUACAACUUCAUGGUUGCUUUGAUGGUUAACUUUAAUUGUAAAAUGGUUGCUUUGAUGCAUAUAGGGUAAGACGGUAUAAUAUGCCCCCCCUAAGGCAACUCCUUGAUAACUUAUUAUUUCUCAACGCAAUUUAUGCAAACUUUGUGUUAUUUGGUAGUGCAGGAAGUCACAAAUGCAAUGCCCGUGAGUAGUCACAUAAAAAUAUUACAGAUAACACGUAAUAAAGCUUUUUUGAAAAGUCGUGAAAAAUGAAAUUUAAAAAGUGCCUGGGCAAUACGCCCCACCUCAACCAAAAUCAUUUAAUAGCCCUUCAUUAGUAUUUUAUCAAUCCCAUAAUAAAAAGGCUACAAAUCCUUAUGCGCUUGACAUUAAAAAACCACCAUAGGUCCAUCCAAGCAGGUAUGAAUUACAUUUCAAUAUUUUCCAUACAAUUUGGAAGCAACUGUUGCAGGCUCGCCGCGCUUGUGUCCAGUUGGUAAGGGCAUAUCGUCCUGCCUACACUGGGGCGUUUUGGCCAGUGAAACAUGUUUUCGAAAAUCGUUGCAUUUUUGAAGAUGGAAGCAAUUUUAUAUCAUAUUAACCACUGAGAAAAGUAAUUUUGUUGCCCAACUGAGUGUUCCAGUGCAAGUUUUGCGGACAGUAUGCCAGAGUCGCUCCAGAAUGUUCAGUAAACAAACAUUAAAAGUUACAUCAAAACUGUGACUUUUUGUAUUUUGCAAAUAUUUUCAUUAAGUAAUACAAAAAUAUUCCCAUAUUCACAUAGGAUGAUGGUUUUACAAAUAUUUAUAGGUAUCAACUGAAUUUGACCCUUAGUUAGUUAUAGUUUUCUAGAAAUCAAAGGGGGGCGUUUUGGCCAGGUGGGGCGCAUUAUACCGUCUUACCCUAAUUUAAAUCAUCGCACAAAACAUUCCUGACCACGGUCCUCCAGUCCUUCUGUUCUUCCUACUGAGAACAAUGUAAUUAAUUUGCAAUGGUUUCCGAAAUCGUAUAAUACAGCAUUCAGUAUAAUCUCGAAUAAUUUCAAUCGAACUCAUCGAAAUUUAAUGUAGAUAAGGAUAUGAAGAGUAUAGUAGACCAAUAGAACAAUUCAACCCAUAGAGUGUACUAACACACUGAAAUGUAUUGCCGAGUUAUGUAAAACUCACCAUAAGCAAUAAAGCAAGGAUCAACUCAUAGCUAAUCUUGAGAAUCAAUUUGUUGUUAUACACGUAUAGAGGUGGAAGUGAUUUCGAACAGCUUUACUUCACAUUGCUUCCAAAAUAUCCGUUACAUCCCAAUGUGUGUGCAAAAUCAACCAACAAGCAUAAUGCAGCAAUAUUAUAUACCACUAAGAACUGUCGUUCCGCCAAAAACAAACAGAAAACAGGAAACAAUAUAAACAUGUUUUACUCCUCAUAGUUGUUAGCAAGAAACCAAAAAUACUAAGGGAAAGUCUAGUCUCACCAAAACCUCAAAGUCCGUUCAGUGCAAAUUACUAAAUUGUUUUGACUUCAAAUAAAAUGACAAUAAUUCUUGCGUCUUGACUACCAACAGUGUUCCGUUCCUUAGUUCCAUACCAUUAAAUCUAUAUAAAAAAUACCGCCGACGAUUCUAACCGGAACACCUUUUUGAUUUUCAUCGCUUGGUACCUCUCCCAGAGAAAGUCCUGCUUUCGUAAGUUUUCAACGAAGUCACAAUCAGUUAAUGAUAAGGCACCAAUUUAGAUUCAUAGCUUAUCUAAAUUUAAAAAAAAAUAAAA